AUGGCAACAUCAAGCCAGGCAGCGCGUAUCACGGAACUGCUUCGGCAGGCCGAAAGCAACAUCUCGAGCAUCCCUGGAAGUGACAAUAGCAAGUACACAGCCCUGGGGAGGCUCCAAGAAGCACGCAGCCUCCUGAAAGCAGAGGAAACGCGUGAAAAACGCGAAAGUGACGCGCCUGAAUCGACGCGUCAAGAGACACCAAAAGCAUCGAAGAAGAAGCGCACCAAGAAGAAAGGGAAGGCGAAACAAGAGCCAGAGCCUAGAAGUGGAAAUACAGCCAAUGACACCCAACAAGAAAGCGAAGAGUCCAGUGUAGCGCAAGGAAACCUAGAAAAGCCGAUAUAG